GACCUAUUCAAACAACCAGCAAGUCGGCUUCUUCUCCGUCUCUCUUAGAAGGAGGCACCGACGAAGGGUGGCUGGGCGGUGACUGACGGUGGUCGACGGUCGGCGGUCUUGCUCCUCCACGAAGAUCGGUCCAACCUAAUCCAAAACUCGAGCUAGAUCCAGGGCCAAAGGUAAUGUGCAUAGUGCCAUGGCGACAUUAGCAUCAUCAUCUCUCUAUGCCCCCUGCUCACAUUCACCUCUCCGUUGUUCUUCAAGUAAACCAAUUCUACUGUUCUCCAAUUCUCUCCGUUUCACCCUAGCCCAUCAUCAUCAUCAUCAUAAGAAGGUAAGAUAUUCUAACAGCCAAAUAAGAUUUGCCAAGAAUUUGUUCAAAAAUGAAGAAGAAGAGGACCAAUCAGUUCCCUCAUGGGCCAAACCCGGUUCAGAAGAUCCGCCUCCAUGGGCCAAAGGCGAGUCCAAAAAAGAUUCUUUCAGCUUUGAGGUUCCCUUCUAUGUGUAUCUUCUUGCUUCUAGUGUCACCGCUAUUGCUGCAAUUGGGUCAGUUUUUGAGUAUGUGAGCAAAAAUCCAGUUUUUGGCAUUGUGAGAUCUGAUAGUGUAUUUUACACUCCUCUACUUGGGUUCUUUGCUGUUACUGGCAUUCCAACUUCUGCAUAUCUUUGGUUCAAAUCAGUUCAAGUUGCUAACAAGGAGGCAGAGGAGCAAGACAAGAGGGAUGGGUAUCUUUAAAUUCUUAUUGACACUCACUUUGCAGAAUGUACUUUGUAGAUGAUGUGGGUUAUCUUAAAGUUUCUUUGGUUAUGCUACUAUCUUCGUCCCAACAAGCUUUGUGUAUUUGACUUUUGUAAAAUUUUAAGAAAAGCGUUGAAAAGUGUAAACAACAUACCCCUAGUAGGGGAUCAGAUCUAUGCAACCUGACCCAUCUUAAAACAUAGAGUGGUUGUGUCUUGAUGAUCCGUAAUGUAUGUCGAAAGUUGCAGUGACUCAUUUUAUUGGGGUACGAAGCGUGACCAAACAAACAAAUCAAACCUAAAUUG